AGAUAAAGCUGAUUCGUUAUAAAUUGUUUUAAAUCGAAUCCGACACAAGAAGUAUGUACCAGUACUUGUCAAGACUCUAGUCGUGAGUUUAAGUUCCUAUGAUAGUCCAAUAUGAAUACCAGAUUCAAGACAUUUCUUUUCGUUCUUCUCGUUAUAAAAGCUAUUAUCUCGACACGAGCUCAAGCACCCUUAUCUUACGACAACGAUGUGACCAAACAUUUGGAUGGCUGGGUUGGAAAAUUACUAAAAACCGGAACAGACACUUUCAAAAAACUAUUCAGCAAGAUAUCAACUCUAACUCUAAAAGAUUUUAAUUUCGAUAUUAGCAAGGAAAUCUACCCUUUAGGCAACCGGUUUCAAUUUCGCGAUGUCUACAUGAACGUGAGCGAAUUCAAAGCGCCCCAGCUUCACUGGAAAUUCUCCGAGAGUAAAAUGAGCGUAUACGUAAAAGAAUUCACUGUCAGAGUAUUUGGUUCGAUUCUGAGACCAUCUUCCAUGCCUUACACUGGAUUUGAAACCCAUUUGGAUUUGGAAAACGUAUCUUUCACCUUAGCUAUCACUCCCGAAGACAAAACUUCGAUUUCUUUCACUCAAGAUAAAAGCUGGUUAUGGUAUAAUGGUGAAAGGAACUGGGAAGUGCGUUUCCACACUUCAGAUGACAACGAUUCGCCGGAAAACAGAAGACGCGAAUUAGAAGAAGAACUUUUGCCCGCAGCUACCGCCCUUUUACGAGAAAAUUUUAACCAAAACGAACAAUUUUCUAAAAAUAUUCGAACCAUUUUCGGAGUUUACAGCGAAAGUAGAGAAAAACUGCUUCAAACGCAUUCGGAUUUCUUCACCAACCAAGAAAAAUAUUACUACCUGAUCCCGAAAAUACCGUUUUUCUGUUUCAACUUGAAAAAUAUCCUCAUCAAGGGAUUAACGAAUCUGGAAUGGAUCAAGAUCAAUACAGGUCUGAGUAUUUUUACGCAUACGUUGAUGAUCAGAAACGUUCACGGAGACUUAAUCUUGGACUUUGGAGCUACUCAAGAGAAACCGGUCGAAUUGAAGUUCAAAAUCGAUUAUUUUUCCGUAUCAACCGAUAGGAAAUCCGUGAAUGUGGAUGCGAGAUGCUUCAGCGUUAACAAGACGAGUACUCCUUUAUCGUACAGACAAUCGGCUCUGAUCAUUCAAAGGAUAGAAUCGGCUAUUGCUGAUUCGCUGUUUCCAACGCUUCAACUCCGUAGAACCUACGAUAUCGAUACGCCCCUGGAAGAAAUUAAAAUCACCGACAAGACUGACUGGAAAUCGAUUAAACAAUCGUUCCGCGAAUGGAUCCCGUUCAAUGAAGACGAUACGAAACCUCCCGCCGGAGGUCAAGUCAAAUCGUGAUUGUUCAACUUGAGUCGAAGUGAGAAUUAGAAGAGUCCGAAUUGAGAUUGGGAUAAGUUUUUUGGUGAAUUGAAGUUCAAGAUCGAUUGAUCGAGCUCAUCGUAAGUCAGAAUCAGAACCAUCUUGUCCAUUUUGAAUGCGAUAAAGGAGAAAGUUAUUUUUAUACCCACCGAUGUUUAUCAUUAUCUUGAAAAAAAAAACUACUUAUUUUGUAAUCAAGUAUUCUUAGAUAUAGAUAGCGUUAUGAAAACACAAAUUAAACAUUCUUUAUUGAUUUUUCAAGAUAUAAAUACGGUUUUAUCAUAGCACUCUUUCCCCUAAUGUGUAUCAUAUAGUUUUAUAAUGUCCCUAAUAGUAAUAACGUAAUUUCGAGAAAUACAUGUACAAUAAAUUUCAAGUUUUAUA